AUGGCCAAACAGUACAAGUACCUCACGCCCGAUGAGAUCGAGUUCUUCAUGGAGAACGGCUACAUCAUCAUCAAGCAGGCGUUCACGAAGGAGAAGGCUGCUGAAUGGACAAAGGACAUGUGGGUACGACUCGGACUCGACCCUAACGACAAGUCGACCUGGGACCGCGAGCGCAUCCACAUGCCAUGGCACAAGCGCGAAUCGGUGUCCACCUUCGCGCCAAAGGCUUGGGACGCAAUGUGCGACCUGCUGGGCGGCGAGGAGCGCAUCGACGGCAGGAGCAGCUCCUGGGGCGACAGCUUCAUCGUCAACCUCGGCACGCCCGAGCUCGAGGGCCCAGACAAGUACGUCGCGCCGCAGGACCUCGACAACUGGCACGUAGACGGCGACUUCUUCGUGCACUUCCUCGACUCGCCCGAGCAGGCGAUGCUCGUCAUCCCGCUCUUCUCCGACAUCAAGCCCCGCGGCGGCGGCACGUACAUCUCGCCCGACGGCAUCGAUCUCAUCGCGCCCUACCUCGCCGCACACCCCGAGGGGGUGCUCCCCACCGGGCUCUCCUUCACGCCCUCCACGAGCACCGCGCCCGAGCCGAAAGACGAUCCCGGCUACUGGUCGCACCUGAAGGAAAUCAGGCGCUGCAAACGCUUCGUCGAGGUCACGGGCGAGAUCGGCGACGUCGUGCUGAUGCAUCCAUUGAUGCUGCACUCGGCGUCGAAGAACCACCUGCGCGAGGUGCGGGUGAUCACGAACCCUCCCGUGGGGCUGCGCGAGCCGUUCAAUUUUGCGCGCGACGACCCGGAGGAGUACAGCCUGGUCGAGCGCAAGACACUCAAGGCGCUCGGCGUGGAAAGGUUCGAGUCUAAGCCGACGACGGAGCGGAGGCGCGUCGUGCCGCGGAGGGUGGCGCUGCAGCAGAAGAUGCUGGAGGACGAGAAGAAACGGCUGGAGGAGCUGGAGAAGGCGAAGGGUAAUGUGGGCGUCUCUGGUAUCGCGCAGCCCGUUGCUGUGGCUUAG